AUGAAGACGGCAGCCGGGCUGCCACCCAAUCCCCAUGGGGAGCAACUGGCACGCAUUAGCAUCAUCAUGUGCACCAUAGCCGGCGUUCUCGCCAUUUGUCGACUGCUUGUGCGCUUUCUGAUCCAUCGACGAACUGGCUGGGAUGACUAUACUCUGAUUAUAUCCCUGGCGCUGGCGAUCGGGAUGACGAUUUGUUUCAAUAUGGAGGUAUAUUAUGGGAUGGGAUUGCACACGAAACAGGUCCAUGGACACAACAAAGUCUUAGCUUUUGAGUGGCUUUGGAUUGCCCAGCUUCUAUACAAAUUUGCAAACGGAAUGACAAAGAUCAGCAUCGUGCUUUUAUACUUGAGAAUCUUUCCUACGAGAAAGUUCCAGAUCCUGGCUUGGGCAGUCAUUGCGUACGUGGUGGCGUACUGUACGGCGGCGGUGUGCACAAGUAUCUGGCAGUGCAACCCGAUUGCAAAGGCCUGGAAGAAAACCCUGCCAGGCCACUGCAUCGAUAUCGGAAAGCUAUGGUAUGCAAAUUCGGUGCUGACCAUUGUCGCCGACCUGGUUCUUAUCGCGAUGCCAGUCAAUCAAAUCGUCAGACUCAAACUCCCGUUGUCGCAGAAACUGGGUUUGAUCUUUGUGUUUAGUCUGGGCGUAUUUGUCAUGGCAUGUACCAUCAUCCGAUGUGUUAUGCUUGGUCCGACUACCUCACAGAAAGACUCGGUUUACUAUCAAGCAGAAUCCAACAGCUGGACAUUCCUCGAGGUAGAUGUGUCGAUCAUUUGCGUCUCCCUGCCUCUCCUGAAGACUCCGCUGCAGCGACUCCUCCCUCAGAUAUUCGGAAUGAGGUCGUCCUCUGCCAAAUCCGACGGUUACUACCACGGGAAUGCCCACAAGUCCAGUGCGAGGGGAUCUGCUAUUCCCAUGAACAACCGCUCCGGACGUCCGAAAGGCCCCUACAGCGAUGCGGCGAGCGACGAGGAACAGAUACUAGAAUCACGUGGGGGAAUUGUGAAGACAACAAAGGUCACAAUGGAAUAUGAAGAGGAGGAAGUAACCAAACACCUGGCUAGCAAGAGAGGAAACUUGAGGACAUUCGACUUCGGGCUGCAGGGCUAG